UCUCUUCAUCUCUGAAUGAUUGAAAACUCAACAUCUACAUGUCUUUCUCUGUUCUGUCUUCCUCUUCCUCACUUUCUGUUUUAAUGUCUUUAUUGUAAACACACACAGUGUUAUUACCAUUAUCAGUUGUAUUAUAUAUUGUGUGUUUGUCAGAGUGGCUGAAGACUCUGUGAGGUAUCUGAACUUCUCUCUGGAGGACAGAGGUCCAAAACCUCUCAACAUCAUCUACAAGGUGGAGAAUCUGGGUUUCAAAGGUUUUUGGAGACUAAAAACACACAGAUUUCAUCUCUGUUUAGUUCAUUUGAUUCUCUGGUUUAUUGGUGUCAGCGUUUCAGUUCUCAGUGUUGUGUUGAUGUUUCAGGACGGUCACUGCGGGAAGUUUGAGUGUGGUCAGUUUGAUCUGCAGAAAUUUUCAGAAGUUCACUUCAUCCUGACGGCAGAUGCAGCUCUCCAGAACGUGAAGGAAUACAAGAGCAAACACUCCUUCAGCGAGUUCAGAAAGGAUUUAGGAUUCGACAUCAGCGCCGAGCUCCACUUCAACAGAAGCCGCUACAACCAGACGUCAACCGGCCUGAAGGACGACCCUCACAAAUCACAGACUAAAGUAAGUGCAGAGUUUGUCGUUCCACCCAGUAAAAUGCUGAUCGUCGGCACUGGCGCAGGGGGCGGAGUCAUCCUGCUCAUUAUCUUAUUGAUCCUGCUGGUGAAGUGUGGGUUUUUUAAACGAACGCGCCCUGACGAGUUUCUGUCAGGGGAUGAAAACAUGACUUCGGUUGAGACGAAUCCCAGUUCUGAACCGCCAAACACUGAAGAAUAAAUUCACAUUUAGCUGCUUUUCCACCACCUUGGCCUGGAAUUCUCGGCACGGUUGUCUAACCUGAAUCGUGCUGGUAGAAUCCGUGAAGUGAUGACGCACACUCAGGAUUGGUCACUUGUCUGUUGCUUGGCUACCAGUUUAUCUGGCUAAUCUCUCUAUUUGAACAAUGUAAACAUAAAUUAAUAAUAAAAGUAAUUGAAAUAUCUGAUUUUUAAUGCUCUGUGGCCUGUUGCAUGAAGCUAGUUGAACAAACUCAGAGUUUCAGAGUAGUUUUGGAGUUGACAAAUCCAGAUAAAUCCAACCUGGUUUAGAUCAGGAUUAACUGUUGCACAACACUCGGUAUAAACUUUCUCUGUCAACUCAUUUUUAAUCCAGAGUUUGCAAAGCGCAUGCACCUGAAAGUGUGACACGUGCGGCAAACAGCCAAUCACGCGGAACAAGGAGAACGUCCGUUUGAUUCACUUCUCGCGAGAGCCGCGCAAUUUAUGUCUCUUCCGAAGAUUAAGAGAUCGUUAUGAAAAAUAUAAAAUUAAACAUUUACAAAGCAGGAAUAAACACUGAUGCAGUGAAAGUGUGAGAAGGCAGCUGAAAGAAAAUAUCUAACUCUAUCAAUGCAUGUGAAUCAAACAAAUAGACCAAAUAAUUAAUAUAGUUUCAUUAAGAGCUCAAAAGGAUACAUGUAAGCUUAAUCUGAUGAAAAGCUUUAUAUAUUAUACAUGUAUCAUGUUUAUUUUAAUUUAAAAGCAAAGUUUAAUUUUUUCAAUUAAUAUAAUAGGCCUAAUUAUAUGAAUAUGUCAUGAAUUAUUCAUAAUUUUAAUUUAUUUAAUAAGUUUGUGAUCUCUAACUCGGAAUAAAACCUGCUCCGGAGCAGGUUAGCCGAAGCGUAAGUUACCGUAGCAAUGAAACACGCUAAAAACCAAUCCAACUUCAUAAGCCCGAAAAAACAGAUUUUGCUUAAACUAAUCUUGAACUUACCUGGGUAGCAACUGAAACCGGCUUUGUGCAACAGGCCACUGGUUGUAUGAUAAUGUUUUCUUGAGGCUCAUUGUGUGUUCAGUAUGUUUAGAUUAAUUCUGAAUAUUUUUUGUUAUUCUGAAUAUUAAUAUUUUUAAAAGAAGAGAAAUUAAUGUUCAAUUAAUAUACAAAUAAAUGAGUUUUAUACGUGA